AUGCAGCGCGCGGCGCUGGGCGCGCUCGGGGGGGCGGCGCGGGUGAGCGGGACCCCCGGGAUCCCCCCGUCCCGGGACCCCCCCAUCCCGGAACCCCCCAUCCCGGGACCCCCCCGCCCCGGAACCCCCCCAUCCCGGGAUCCCCCCGCCUGUCCCCGAGCACCCCCCGCCACCGCUCUGCCCUCUCCCACCCCCCCUCCGGCCGCCCCGGGCCGCUGGCUGAGCGCGGCCCCCCCGGCGCUGCGGGAGCUGCGGGAGCUGCGGGCGCGCACCGGGCAGCCGGUGAUGCGCUGCCGGGAGGCGCUGCAGCGGGCGGGGGGCGACCUGCGGCAGGCCGAGGCCUGGCUCGAGGCCGAGUCGCGGCGCCGGGGCUGGGCCCGAGCUGCGGCCCCCGGGGCUCACCGGGCACGGGAGGGGCUCGUGGGGGUCCUGAGCGAGGGCUCGGCCGCCGUCAUGGUGGAGGUGAACUGCGAGACGGAUUUCGUGGCGAGGACCCCCGACUUCCAGCAGCUCGUGGAGAUGGCGGCCAGAGGGGUCCUGGGGCACUGCCAGGGGGCCUCGGGCACCAAGCACCUCCUGCGAGAGGAUGAACUGGCCCAGCUGCGUGUAGGGGACAGGGGGGACCUGCUGAGUGACCACCUGGCGCUGGUUAUGGGCCGCCUGGGUGAGCGCCUGGCCCUGCGCCGGGCCGGGUGGCUCCGGGCCCCCGGUGGUUUUGUGGCCACCUACGCUCACGGCUGGGUGCCCCCCGGGCCCCCCGUGGCCAUGGGCACCUACGGGGCGCUGGUGGCCUGUGGGGGGCUGGAGCCGGGGCCCCCCUCGCCCGAGCUGCAGGAGUUGGGGCGCAGGGUGGCCCAGCACGUGGUGGGAAUGGCGCCCACCGCCCUGGGGACCCCCGAGGAUGAGCUGGGGGGGGACACGGAGACGCGGCUGCUGGCACAGGGGUCCCUCCUGGAGCCGGGGGUCCCCCUGGGCCGGUACCUCCGGGACCGGGGGGGGCUCCAGGUCUGGGACUUCCUGCGCUUCCAGUGUGGGGAGGAGCCCCCCCAGGAGCCCCCUGCCCCCCCAGGCUGAGGGAUGUGGCUCAGGGGGCUUCAGCCCCUCGCUGUUCCCCCCGGGGGGACACACUCUGUGCCCCCCGCCCCCCGUGCCGGGCUGGGGGCAGCGCCAGCCUCCCCCACGCUCUGGGGGGACGAGGCUGAAUAAAGGUGCA